UUCUUUCUAGUUCCCAUGGCAAUUCCCAGGAGGGAGACUCAUUCAUAUGGCAUUUUUAUUUCGUAAUUGGGUCGUGGGUAUUUACGGAAAUCACGUCACUUUUCACCUAGAAUGCAAAACAAUUAACUAGUUGUUAGGUGCAAAAAAUGUUGGCCCUGGUUUUUUAUGGGCAUUACGCGUUCGGAGAUCCUUGCUAGGAGUUUAGUCAAAUGUUAAUGUGUUUAUUAUACGGGGGAUUGUCUUUUAGUUUCGAUCGGGGCGAAUUAAAUGUUUUGGUGAGAGCAGAUGAGAUGAGAUUCCUAUUUUUUCGGGAUUUCCGUUUGUGGACUGAGUCAACUCAUCACCAUGAACAAAAAUGGACCACCACCUUCCUAUGACCAGCCCCCACCAACAGCACCACCCAGCUACUUUCAGAGUGUGGGAGGUGUCCCGCCCGCCAGUCCAUACACUCCAGCACCAACAUAUGCUCAGGGACCAGCGAUAGUCACCACAAUAGUGCCAUUGGGCUCCGGACCUACCCACACCAUCUGUCCCCACUGCCGUGUGGAGAUUGAAACAGCUACUAAAUCAGAGCCUGGGAUGAUUGCAUACAUCUCUGGUGCUGUUAUUGCAUUACUUGGAUGUUUCUUCGGAUGCUGUCUGAUCCCCUGUUGCAUCGACGAAUGCAUGGACAUCCACCAUACCUGUCCAAACUGCAAGGCAUAUCUCGGAAAGCACGCGAGAUAGAGUAAUUCCACACGCCCUGACGAAAUAAGCAGCACAAGAGCAAAGAAAGAACACUACCACUGUAGUAUCUACAAGCUUAAAAACUCAAGAACAAUUCUGUCCCCACGAGCAAGAAUCUCAACUGCAAAUUAAAUUUGCACAGAAUUUAAAUACGAAUUCAACGAAUAAGAGACUAUUUAACGAACAAAUUAAUUCUAUUGACAGCUAAUCGAUUGCAGUGAGCGUUAUUUCAAUGGCACAUUUAAAGUAAUUGUUGAACACGAUUUAUGACGGAGGUCGUCGUUUCGAUGACAUUUCAAAUGAUUCAAUGGUUUUAUCACGACUUUUGGAGCACUUUUGAACGUUUUACAACGAAAAAUAUUCAAAUUGGUGGAGAUUGGUGAUGAGAUUAAAAAAGGAGCCUUUUAAUCAUCGAUAUAAUAGUAUAUUCCAAUUUUUCAAGAAUGAAAAAUCUCAAUGGUCACAACAGGAAAGUUAAUUAGGGGAGAUGAACCUCAGUGCCUUUGCCACAAGACUCGUCCAAGUACAGUUUCAGAGCAAGAAAUUCAGGGAAAAUAUUUUUUAUUCCUUUUUUUUCGAGGGUGAGCGUCUUUAAUGAUAAAACUUAGGGAAAUUUAAUUAUUGAGCGAUCGUUUUGAUCUCUAUUUUCACAUUGUAUUUACGCAGAUCAUUAUAUGUGCUUAAUCAAAUUGCUUUGAAUAAUAUGUUAACAUAAGCAGAUGUAUUUAUACUGACUAUUUCAGAUUUAUGGAAUGUAGUAAAUAAAAUUUUCGAGUAUGUGUAAAUAA